GUCAUUCAUUCGAUUCAUCAAUCAUAUCAAGUAUUAAUAGAUUCUGAUGAAGGUUUUAAAAAAAUUUUUCAAUCACAAAAAUCAGAGUUUACGAAUUAUUUAUCAAUCAUGGAUAAAACUCUUAUGGAUUUAUUGAUCAUUUUAUUUGAUGUGAUUGAUGAGGAAAAAUAUGAAAGACUUCAACGACGACUCGAACAAUUUGUUAUAGCUGCGGAAGAUUUAAUGAGAAUUGUUAUGCUUAUUAAUAAUGAAUGUAAUAAAGAAUUAGAAAAAUUAGAAGAUCAAAAGCAAGAUUUAUCAUGUAAAUUAUAUGCCGCUGCUAUUACAAUCGGAAUUACUGCGUUUGUUAUAGGUGGAUAUAUGUAUAAUAAAAAGAGUUUCGGAAGUAAAGAUUACGAAAAAUAUGAGAAAUGGAUCGGAAAAGCAGCAAUAUAUGCUACAGGAGCAACAACGACAGCAGUUAUGUAUAAUGCGUGUUCGACUAGAUCAAAAUUACAAAAUUCUAUAGAAAAACAUACGAGUAUACUUGAACAAUUACAAUCAGCGUAUAAAGAAUUAAGAAAUUGGAAAAUUCUUGGUAAAAGAUAUAUUCAAAAAGAUAUUGAUGACAUGAAUAAUAAUAGGAUGACCUUGAUUGAUGAAUUUGUUAGAAUUAGAAGUCAAUGUAAAUGUCUUGGUGAAAUUUUUAAUUCAUUAGAUGAUGAUAAAAAAUGAGGAAGUCGGUAAAAGUUGAAAUUGUAUAUUAAAAAUACGAACUCAAAAGAAAAGAAAAAAAUAGUAGCUAUACGUAACAAGUCUUAACACGAUUUUUUUUUUUAUUUUAUAUAUCGGAUAUGUAAGUGUAUGUAUAAUUAAUAUAAGUAAACAAUAUAUAUCGGAUUGUAUGUUGUAUAAAUAAUAAAAUAUUUAUUUUA